GAGGUUCUCGGUGCGGGUUCAGACCCCGGAUGUUUCUGUUCUUCGGUACUUCAGAGAGCAAACCAGUCCUAUGAGGGAGGAUCUGUGGAGUCUGCAGAAGGUGAAGAUCUGGAGUCGCAGAUGAAAUGAUCGCUGCGUAAAACUUCCUUCUCUUCACUCCAAAGAUGCAGCUCCUUUUGGUCACCGCCGUGCUCCUCUUCCUCAGACAGUCUGCACGCGCAGAGCCCAAACUAAAGUGUCCGACCCGCUGUGACGUCAGCACCUGUCCAAGUCCCAGCUGCCCCAGCGGCUACGUGCCGGACCGCUGUAACUGCUGCCUGGUGUGCGCGCAGGCGGAGGGCGAGCCGUGCGGGCGCAAGGACGACCUGCCGUGCGGGGACGGGCUGGAGUGCAAACAUCCCGCGGGAAAACGGAUCAGCAAAGGCUUCUGUCAGUGCAGGUUCAGCAGCCAGGUGUGCGGCAGUGACGACAGGACCUACGGGAACGUGUGUCAGCUGAAGGCCACGAGCAGGAAGAACCUGCAGCAGGGACUUCAGGGGGUCACCCAGAUCCACAAGGGACCGUGUGAGACCGGCACAGGUCCUUCACACCCGUCCAGUCCUCGGUACAAGUUCAACUUCAUCGCUGAUGUGGUGGAGAAGAUCGCUCCAGCUGUGGUCCACAUCGAGCUCUUCCUCAGACACCCUCUGUUUGGGAGGAACAUCCCUCUGUCUAGUGGGUCAGGGUUUGUGAUGUCAGAGAAUGGACUGAUUGUCACCAACGCCCACGUCGUCUCCAGCACCACACCUGUGUCCGGUCAGCAGCACCUCAAGGUCCAGAUGCAGAAUGGUGAUGUGUACGAAGCCAGCAUCAAGGACAUCGACAAAAAGUCUGACAUCGCUACCAUCAAAGUCAAUCCAAAGACCAAGUUGCGGGUUCUGUUUCUGGGCCACAGUGCAGACCUGCGGCCUGGGGAGUUCGUGGUUGCGAUCGGCAGCCCCUUCGCCUUGCAGAACACCGUCACCACCGGCAUUGUCAGCACGGCUCAGAGGGAUGGGAAGGAGCUGGGCCUCAAGGACUCCGACAUGGAUUACGUCCAGACGGACGCCAUCAUCAACUACGGGAACUCAGGAGGACCUCUCGUCAACUUGGAUGGGGAGGUGAUCGGCAUCAACACUCUGAAGGUUGCAGCAGGAAUCUCUUUCGCCAUCCCCUCCGAUAGGAUCACCCGCUUCCUCAACGAUUCACUGGACAAGUCAAGCAAAGAUGUGAAGUCCAUAAAGAAGCGCUUUGUGGGGAUCAGGAUGCUGACCAUCACCCCAGCGCUGACUGAAGAGCUGAAACAACAGAACCCAGACUUCCCCAACGUCACCAGAGGGAUCUACGUCCACGAGGUGGUCCCUCACUCACCUGCAGACAAAGGGGGAAUCAAAGAUGGAGACAUUAUUGUGAAACUGAAUGGCAGACCUAUGACGACCACAGCUGACCUUCAGGGUGCGCUGCAGGAGGAAUCGACUCUACUGCUGGAGGUCAGGAGGGACAACGACGACCUCCUCUUUAACAUCCAACCUGACGUCAUCAUGCAGUAAACACCUGAGACUCUGCUGCAGAGGAACACCUGAGACUUUGCUUUAGAGUCAGAUGAACACCUGAGACUCUGCUGCAGAGUCAGAGGAACACCUGAGGAUCUACUUUCUGUGGAAGAACAUGCCAGAGGAUGGAAACACAGCUGUAAAGGACUGUUCUCAAACAUAUCCUCUAACACCUGGUGACUGUUACCUUUAAAUAGAUCAACUGAUGGAGGUGAAGCUUUCUCUGACUUGCUGAGCUUUGAUCUCUGUCCUCCUUCUUCAUUUUUGACUUUGAACUAAUGCUGUAAGUUUUUUACCUGUGGACUCGUUUACUGUACCUUAACCUUCAUCACAUGAUGUCAGUGUGAGGUGACAUCACAGCAACACGACUGAGGACGCUCUGAUGGAGGGAUCUCACUUCAAUGAAACAAACGUGAAGUUAGGGAUGAAUCAUCCUCAGCUACACGCUCCUCAGGUAUCCACUGAACAGCUGACCUCAUCUUUCUCACUUUAAAGAGACUCAACCUGUCCUCACCUGAAAGAGGGUCAACCUGAGGCCCUGGCAGGGUUUGGACCUGGUCUAGACCACCAUAUACUGCUGGUGCUGGUUUCAGGUCAGACCUUUAGGCCCUGGUUCACUUGGAGUCUAGAGACUGGUUCCUGGAGGGUCUGUGGCCCCCUUUGAGUGAGUUGCCUCACCUGAUGAUGUGUUCUUUAAACACCUGGAUGAUCUGAGUGAGAUCAGGUCAAACCUUCCUCUCUGUCCGUUUGUUGGCGCUCAGUAAGAAGGACUAAAUAUAAAUAAGGCAUAAUGUAUGAUGAGCAGGUGGUUAUGGGCGAUAGAAUCCCUUUGCGUCUGGUUUUUGUCUCACCCUGAGAGAUUCUAUUUCCCAUAACUACCUGCAAACAAUACAUUGUCCCACUCAUUACCCGGCUACUAACUUAAGAUACAAACACGUUGUUAAAAACAUUGAUUAAAGAUGAUUUUAUUGAUCUAAAAUUAUUUUAUAUUUACAGUUUCUAUA